GCAGGAACGAGGUGAAGGCAGAAGGGGUGGUCAGUUUGAGAGGAGCCGUUGGGUCGAAGAGGUCGCCGGUUCCGCAGGUCGUGAAGAGCAGCCCUCUGACAUCUGAUCAUGGACGAGCUAGAACCGGAACAGGUCACCAUGCUGAAGAAGGCUUUCGACGGCUUCGACCAUGAAAAGAAGGGCGCCAUCAGUACCGACCUGGUGGGCACCAUCCUGAGGAUGAUGGGUCAGGCGUACAACGCCAAAACGCUGCGCGAACUCAUCGACGAGGUGGAUGCCGAUCACUCCGGAAUGCUGGAGUUUGAGGAGUUUGUCACGCUGGCCGCCAAGUUCAUCAUCGAAGACGACUCGGAGGCCAUGGCUAAGGAGCUGAAGGAGGCCUUUCGGCUUUAUGACAAAGAGGGGAACGGCUUUAUUCCCACUUCAUCAUUGGCCGAAAUCCUGAAGGAACUGGAUGACACACUAAGUGAUGAAGACCUUGAAAACAUCAUCAAAGAAAUCGAUACAGACGGAUCCGGUACCCUCGAUUUUGAUGAAUUCAUGGAAAUGAUGACUGGCUGAACACCGUGGUGGAAAAAAGUAAAAAACGCACGCACGCUAUCACUCACAGCUCCGGAGCCCAACUGUUCUGCACUAUGGUUCUGCUUUGCUCAUAUGCAAUAAUGACACGGAGCUACAAGAAAAAAUAACACGAUCGUAUUUCGCACCUUCACAUCGUAAUGGCUAGCAUUUUUUUCUAUGCCUGUGAACAUGUUUGAUAUAAUACAUUUUCGAACAAUG